GCUUCCGGCUGUCAGCUGAUAGACUCGUCGUAAUUGCUUUCCAAAACCUAUUUCGAUUUUCCCAGAGAAAACGUCAGGCACCAUUCAACAUGGGCUUGAAAUUCGCUAUCAAGAGCUAGUUAUAGCUGAAAUAUUGCUCUAAUUGUAGUGUUAUUGUUAUUUUAGUUUCAUUUUAUAUGUACAUUGUGUAACUCAUAAAUUAGUCGAAAAUGGAUACGUUUAUCUUAGGAUACUUCGGUUAUGGCGUUUGUUGAUCACUAAAUAAUUUUGUUCGGUUGAUAGUUUUCUUUCUAUUUAAUGUCUGCUUUUCGUUUUUAAUCGUCUAUUUUGUUCGUAUUUACGUGUACUCUCGAAAUGGUUAAGGAAAAGCCUAAUUCAAUACGGAUAUACGACGAUGAGGGGUUUAGGCGCCGCGCGGCUUGUAUAUGCGUACGAUCGGACGCCGAAACGGAGGUGUUGCUUGUGACGUCUUCGCGUCGGCCUGACAACUGGAUCGUGCCGGGCGGAGGCGUGGAGCCCGAGGAGGAGCCCUCGGUGACCGCGAUGCGGGAAGUGCUUGAGGAGGCUGGCGUCAUCGGCAAGCUGGGGAGGUGUCUGGGAGUAUUCGAGAAUCGAGAGCACAAACACAGGACAGAAGUGUAUGUAAUGACUGUAACUCAGGAACUAGCGGAGUGGGAGGACUCACGGCUAAUGGGUCGCAAGCGUCAGUGGUUUUCCAUUGACGAUGCUUUGGCUCAGCUUGCUCUCCACAAACCCAUACAACGUCACUAUCUGCAACAACUGAAACGCUCCAAACAAACGAAGCCAGACGACCCGGGCAGUUAAACCUCAUCUAGAUUAAGAUCAAAAUAAUUGCACUGCGUAUAUAAGCUUAGAUUUAUGCAGUUCCGUCUUAUACUUCAUUAAAUUAAUACCAUCUCGGUACUUAAUACUUUAACAUUUGGUUGCCAGCUAACGCUAGACCAAUUUUGUAAAUUGCUGAUUAUGUUAACACAGUUAUAAUUAGUACAUAUUGUACAAUUGCAAUAGCUUUUGUUCUACUUGCCAUUAUUGUAUCAUCUGUAUGUAAUGUUAUCACUGUUAUGUUAUGGGAAAUAACCAGAGCGAUCGCUAUUUGCAUGUGCCCUUGAGUCUUACUUUAGUUUUAAAUAAGAAAUGAGACAAAAACGUUAUUAAGUGACUGUGUGCCUCUCUCGUUUGUAAAGUAGAAAAGAAUGGUUUACUGUUGAUGGUGAUCUAUUUACAACUACAUAUUUUUUGUGCCUUUUCCAUUUUAAGGUUUGAAAGUAAAAAUAAUAAAAUUCGAUUUUGUAAAUGUUUGUGUGGUUUUUAUAGUUAAAGUAAUUUUCACACAAAGAAAAUAUUUAUAUUAUUUGGAAUAAUUUGAAAAUUGUGUAACGUUGACACACGGUGAUGCACUGUCGCGUACUAACACGCAUUUUAACGUCUGCGUUCGUGAUCGUUUGUUUUAUUAAUUGUAACAAAGUCCAAAGUUCGUACUUAUCAUUCGCUACUGUGUGUCAGUAACUAAAUAUAUUUACAAUAUAAUUCUCAUUUUAAAAUUGAAAAUGUACAUAAAUAAGUAAUAAAAAUAUUAAUAGAAACUUGUCAAUAUACAAAUAAGGCUUAAAUAUCAUGGUAAUACUCAUGUCGCAAAUGUUAACUUAAAGAAACAAAUAAAAAAUUUACUAGAUACCGCUGUCA